GCGAUAUUCAGUUUCAUUUCGAUGCGAACUCGCAGCAGCAUCGGAUUUUCGUCUUCUUUCUGAGAUUACAAUAAACAAAAUCACUAAAACGUUAUCAAGUGUCCGAACAAACCAAUAUAAAUUAUAUUUUGUAACGUUCACCUUCUUCUUUGAAAAUGUUUUAUCAAAUUUCAAUAAUAGUCGGGAUUUUUCUAAUUGCCAGCAGUGACGUAGUGCGGUCAGUCACUACCGGAGCGAAUAUAUUAGCAUUCUUUCCGUUGCCAGUUUACAGUCAUUUUUCCGGUUUCAAUCCGCUAUUUCUGGAAUUGGCGAACCGUGGCCACCGUGUGACCGUAGUCAGUCCGUAUUAUCCAAAAGGAGACGUACCGACUACUUACCAUCAUGUACCUGUUCCUAAUGUGAAAAUUAAGAGAAUCAUAAAUCCAAUGGAUAUCCGCAAUACAUAUCGGGUGAGCAAUAUGAUUAACGUUCAGCGGGCCAUGUCAAAAACGGUCGAGAGGACUCUGGUGCUGAAUGAGGUUCGGGAGUUUCUCAACAACACUCGGAAUUCCUUCGAUCUGGUGUUGAUUGAAUGUUGGUACUCUGACGCUUACCUGGCACUGGGUCAUAGAUAUUCCGCUCCGUUAGUGUGUAUGAGUCCAAUGACACCGCCGGUAAUGCUUAGCCAAUCACUGGGCAUGCCGAACCAUCCUGCGUAUGUGCCGUCGUUCUGGCUCCGGUACUCGGACUCCAUGUCAUUCAGCGAGCGCCUGUACAACACAGCGAUCGCUGCUGCUGAGCUGAUUGUAUCCAAUGUCAUAUUUCGGUACAUGGAUCAGCAAAUGCUAUUCAAACUGUACACCUAUCCCGGGCACCAGAACUGCCCGCCGUUGGACGAGCUCCGCCGCUCUGUCCAACUUACGUUGGUCAACGGCCACUACUCCGUGUCAUAUUCCAGGCCGUACCCGUCAAACGUGGUCCAAGUGGCUGGAAUGCACGUGCAGUCGAAGACGUCAACCUCCGUCGAUCGGAAAUUCAAAGCACUCCUCGAUGGUGCUAACCAUGGAGUGAUCUACUUCAGUUUUGGAUCCAACAUAAAUUUAUCAGACCUGCCAGAACGCUACGUACGGGUGUUUGUUGAAUCAUUUAGAAAACUCAAGCAAAUCGUGCUAUGGAAAUGGGAAAACGGGACCAUCGCUAACUUACCCGACAACGUGUACAUUGACAAAUGGUUUCCACAAAAAUACAUCUUAAGCCAUAAAAACUGUAAGCUGUUCAUCACUCACGGAGGAUAUCACAGUCUCGUGGAGGCCCUACACACUGGUUUACCGUUAAUUGGAUUCCCGUUUUAUACUGAUCAGUAUUACAACAUGAGAUUUGUCGUCAAAAACGGUUUCGGAAUCGAAAUAUCACUGGACAGCUUGAACCUAAAAGUCCUUGACGAUGCAAUAGAAAAAAUUUUAUAUGAUGUUAGUUAUAAGAAUAAUGCCCAAAGAGCUUCCAAUAUCUUCUUAGACAUACCAGUUUCCGCGAUGGAUACUGCAGUAUAUUCAGUUGAAUAUUUAAUCAGAAACGGGGUUGACCACAAUGCGGCAAUGUCCAUGAGUUUAAGUUGGUAUCAAUAUUUUGUUACUGACGUAAUGAUUUUCAUUGGUGCUAAUUUAGCUUUAAUCACGUUUAUUUUAUAUAAAUCCAUUGGAUAUUUAAGAAAAAUAAUCAAUGUCAAAGAUAAAAAGUCAAAAUAAAGA